GUCUUGUAUUUGUCACAUGCAAGUGUUGGACUCGAGUCUAAUGGCCUGACAGAGGAUUUUGUCUCCCCAAAUCAGCUUUGUUUUCACAGACUUCAGCCUCGACAUCUUUUGUUAAAUGGUUCACCACACAUGAAAGUAGUAGAGACUUGAGGUUCUCUGUCCAUCAAUGGCUCUACCCUCAGGUUCCAGGGGCAACGGGUUCCCCGUCCUGGAAGGGCCCCCUCCAAUACCCCCACGACGAGAACUGGACCGAGCGGCAAGCCUACAACUGCGAACAGGCUAUGACGCUCCCCCAAUACCUCCCCGUCAAACCAGCCUCCACGAGACCCAGCCAGUCAAGGUCCCCGUGAGAGGCACAUACUCCGACGCACAUCAUCAGCUACCCAAUAGAUCCCUUAUAUCCCUGUCACCUGUAGAUAGAUACACGCCGUCCUCCACUGCAGUGACUGGCUUCAUAGCUGACCUGGAUGGAAUAGAUUUCAGUGAGUCUGGCAGACAGCCCAUGGGGAACCAACGGAGAAGUUCCUCUCUGGAAGAUCUCCCUUCUAACACAUCUAGGAAUGUCUACCCAGACAUCAGUGGUGCUUUCAAUGAAGUCAGACCCCCUGUGUACGGGCAACCGACGUCAGUGUACCCACAAAUUCCGAACCCACCCCCGACCUCAAUGUAUGGAUGGAAUCAGGACCUGUUUAACCAAGGCUACCAACCAACUAACACCAAUAAUGUCCCUUCCUAUCAGGCUCCAGCGCCCCCUAUAGGAUUUGUCUUGGACGUUGUUCCGCCAGUGCCAGGUGCGGGAUGUCCAGGGAAUCCCUUCGCUCCUCCCGCGGGUCAAGGAGCUUGGGGAGGGGCAGCGAAGAACUCCCUGCCUCGACCAGCGAGCUGUGGAGAUGUGUUUGAUUCUGCUUGGAAGGAAGUUGGCGCCAAUGAUGGUGGAUGGGCACAGUUUGAACAGCAGCAGUUUCUCCAACCUGCAGCAGCUGAAAGUGGUCCUAGCUCGGGUGAUUUAAUGAACUUUAAUGGGGAGCCUGUUGUAGAGUACGAGUACCUGUCCCUAGACUACUUUGACCCUCUGUAUCAUCGAGCCAGGAAGGAAUCGGUGUCUGUAGUGCCUAAUGAAGCCUCCUUUAACUUUUCAUUCGGAGACGCUUUCCCGAGUUUAAUGAAAGCUCAGGUUGAACCACAGACUCCCGACACAGAGAAGUGUAUAAACCAGCUGGGUGAGUGGGCGUCGUCGGAUCGGGCGGGGACACACGUGAAGCAUGACUUGGACAUGCCGGUGCCAGUCGGUGAGGGUGUGACGUAUAGGUCUGAGGGGUCGAGUCUUUCAAGAGAAUCAUCCACAUCUAAACCUCCACCUCGACCGCCGUCAUGGAAAACCAACACCAAGGCCAGCAUGCCAGAGAAACUGCGGACACGAUUGUUCAUUGAUGAAGAAUCAAAUGCAUUCUGUCACAUGGUCGCAGAACUCAAGAGUCACUACAAGUCUACAGACGAGAAGGCGAACCCCGGGCUAAUCAUUUCACCCAUCUCGGACAAGAAGCAUAAACCCACAUCAGUCAAGGUUAUCAUCCAUUUCAAGCCAUCUCAAGAACCAAUCAGCUUUACCUGUGAUACGCACACCCUGGUAGAACAUGUGAUCAGCCAGGUCGUGUACAGUGAGUCUCCUAGUCACGGCCAGCAGCUCACGGCGUCCGACUUCGUGCUCAAGGUGUACGACAGGGCAGAGUACCUGCAGAGCCAUCUGUCCCUGUCCUCCCUGGACUACGUGCAUCACUGCAUGAAGCUGGAUGAGGACAUUCGCUUCCAGAUGCUGCACAAGCAGGACAUCCUCCACCCCUUCCUGAGGACGGUGGACGAUGAUUCCCAGAUGCUGUACUUCCCGAAGGAAUACAUCAAGACAGACAAGGAAGCCAUGUCCAGGGAUUCCCUGGAGAUUCUCCUGGACACUUUCUACCAGGAGAUGGAACGUACGAGUGACCUUGUGCUGAAGGGUGAAAUUGAACUCGUCCAGCCGAAGCAGAUCCACCAGUCCGUGAAGGCCAUCUGCACCAACCUGGCCACGCUUGAGACCACGGACAUCAGCAAGGCGCUGGAGAGACUGGAGAGGAUUCUCACGGACUUGAAGAACCCAGGCAACAGAGCAAGCUCCCUGAUGGCCGGUGCCGGCACCCAGGCUGACCGAGAUACCAUGGACGCUAUAAACGUGGCAAUCCGGUGUUCCUACGUGGAGGAGCUGCAGGAAGCGAUGGACCAGAUGGUCAUCUCGGUCAAGCAGCUGGUGCGCAUGUACUGCCACACCUUCCACACGGACUUCACCCUGGGGCCACCACUGGACACCCACAAGGACAUGCAGGACAUCACCCUGACCAGAGACACCUUCAUAGUACAUGUUGCCACCUCUCAUAGGAUGCCGCCGGCCUGGCUCAGCCACUAUGAAGGUUACAAAGUUGUGUGCAGCUUGUACCAUGGGAUGAAGAAGCUGGCUGAGGACGUGUCCACCAACGUGAAGCCAGGGGUCACCUCGGGGCUCUGUGAGAGGAUAGUGUGGGAUGAGUGGAUAGAUUUCAAGAACAUGUCGCUGUGCAUCUUGCCGCGGGAGUCUCGCCUCUGCCUCACGCUGUGUGGGCUGAAGAGUCCCCAGUCCGGCGGGUCAGCGGACACCACACACAAGGUGACCAUCGUCCUGGGAGGAGCAACUAUACAGCUCUACAGCCAAGACGGCCAUCUGAAUCAGGGGAGCCAGCUGGUUCCUCUCAUGAUGGGCGUCAAGGCUGAUCCCAUUAUGCCUUCUUGUAAGACGCUGCUGCCAGACUCCGUGCUGCUACAGGUAAAUUUGCCAGAUUUUGAGAAGAACCUGUUUUUCCCCGAAACUAUCAAGAAGCCGACCAGCCCACGGAAGUCGUACAGCAUGCUCAUCCCUGACAUCAAGAAUAGCAUAGAGGAUGUGUUGGAUAAAGACUCAGCGUCCACAUAUGCAGCUGAUGAGAUGGAGAUCCUAUGGACGUACCGCAGCUACCUACACGAGCGCCCCGAGCUGUUGCCCCGGAUCCUGCAGGCCGCUCACAGCUGGGACUGGGCGUGUCUGGCCGACACCUAUGCCCUCCUCCAGUCCUGGCCCCCGGUGCAGGCCAUGCAGUCGUUUGAACUGCUGCUGCCUCAAUUCCCUGAUCUCCGAGUGAGAGAGUUUUCUGUCGACAGUCUAAGCAGGAUACCCACAGACAAUCUGAUUGACUUCCUUCCACAGCUCAUUCAGGCUCUUAAAUUUGAGAGCUACCACAAUUCAUCUCUAGCCCGUCUGCUUCUAGAACAGUCAUGCAAGAGCAUUCGAUUUGCCCAUCAGUUCUUCUGGCUGCUGAAGGGGGCUGCUGCUCUCGACCCAAUGUUCAAGCGCCGAUAUGAGCUGAUGUUCGUGGCUCUGGCCAGUGUGGCUGGUGACGCCCUCUACCGGGAGUUCAAGAAACAGGAGGAUCUCGUCCGGACACUGUCAGCAACAGCAGAGAAGGUGCAGACAGCCAAAGACAAAGAUGCAACAUUGAAACGUGAACUUCAGACAGUGUACGACUUGUUUGAAGACAAAGGGAGACUACUCUUGCCUUACAACCCCAGUUUAGAAGUGUGUGGCAUUGACAUCAAGUCCUGUUCCUACUUCACCUCCAAUGCGUUCCCGCUCAAACUGGUGUUCAAGAACUCCAACACCAAGUCAGACCCUGUCUAUGUUAUGUUCAAGGUGGGAGACGACCUUCGGCAGGACAUGUUGACCUUGCAGAUGAUUCAGAUCAUGGACAGACUCUGGCUCAAAGAUGGCCUUGACCUUCGCAUGAUCACCUUCUCCUGUCUGGCGACGGGGCCAAAGAAAGGGAUCAUUGAGCUGGUGACGGAGGCAGAGACACUACGCAAGAUUCAGGUGUCGUACGGUGUGACUGGGUCUUUCAAAGAGCGACCAAUCAAAGAGUGGCUUCAGAAACACAACCCCACAGAGCUGGAGUAUCAGAAGGCUGUGGACAACUUCUCGUGUUCCUGUGCGGGUUAUUGUGUGGCGACGUACGUCCUCGGCAUCGGCGACCGCCACAACGACAACAUCAUGCUGAAACAGUCGGGGCACAUGUUCCAUAUAGACUUCAGCAAGUUUCUAGGAGACUCCCAGAUGUUUGGUAGCUUUAAGAGAGACCGAGUUCCAUUUGUGUUGACGUCAGACAUGGCAUUUGUGAUUAAUGACGGUGGGCGGAGACGUGACCGCUUCCAGAGAUUUGUGGACCUGUGUUGUAAGGCCUUCAACAUUCUCCGGAAACAUGCAGACCUCUUCCACAGUCUCUUUGUCAUGAUGGCGCGGUCAGGCAUACCAGGCGUGUCUGAGAGGGCGGCAGCGUAUGUGAGACAGACACUGCUUCCCGGACAAUCUGACGCUCAGGCUGCUGCUUUGUUUACAAGGAUGAUUGAAGACAGUCUCAAGUCCGUGUUCACGCAGUUCAACUUCUUCAUCCACAACCUCGCUCAGCUCAAGUUCUCGUCUCACCAGGAGGGGGCGCUGCUGUCCUUUGUGCCCAAGACCUACAGUAUGCAGACUGACGGGAAAAUAUUGCGUGUCCAGCUGGUGUCCUUUGACAAACGAUACACUCCAGAGAAGCAUUAUAUCUACAAGCUGCUGGUGGAGCGGCAGGCCGAGCGAGUCCACACCCACAUCUACCGGCUGUUCCAGGAGUUCGUGGAGUUCCGGGACAAACUCGCAUCCAUCUUCUCGCUGGUCACAUGGCCCAACUUCUCUACAAGGAUGGUUCUGGGACGAAGCAACAUUCGAACAGUUGCAGAAAGUCGGGGUGUAGAGAUACGUCAAUUUCUGGAGGCUUUGUGGCAAAAAGCACCAGAAAUUUCUGAGUGUGAUCUAGUCUACACAUUCUUCCACACCUUGUUACGAGACGAGCAGGAAAACAGCAGCACCAACAACCUUAACACCAGGACUAGAGGGCCAGUCAUGCAGUCAGCAGGGAACUCUACUGGUGUCUGUGGGGAGGUCCAGCUGUCUCUGCAGUACAAGAAAGACUCUCUCCAAGUGCUUGUCAUGCACGCCAAGGAUCUGUCGCCCGGGCCUGACUUCCCCAGCCCUUACGUGAAGACGUACCUCCUGCCGGACCCCGAGAAGCAGACCAAGCAGAAGACGAAAGUGAUGAAGAACAGUGCACAUCCGACAUAUAACGAAGUGAUUGAGUACAAGAUGCCGCUGGAGAAGAUCCAGCAGCGUGUCCUGCAGGUCUCAGUGUGGGACCAGGCGCUGGGGCAGAACAACCUCAUGGGCACAGUGUACCUCAAGCUCCGAGAUCUCGACCUCACCCAGGAGAUCUGUCACUGGCAUCAACUUGGCAGCAUCCAGCUGACAGAUUAGCAUCCUGGCAUGUACAGCCUCGUGGCAUUGACAGUUAGCCUCGUGGAAUGGACAGUUAGCCUUGUGGCAUAGACAGUUAGCCUCAUGGCAUAGACAAAUAGUCUCCUGACAUCGACAUGGCCUCCAGACAGCCUCAUGGCAUAGAAAAAUGGCAGACAUGUUGGAUUGUCACACUGGAGAUUUUGUAGAAGAUACUACAAGUGUUCAGGAGAAAAUCUUGCUAUUUUGUUUUGAAUGGAAAUUUACCUUUGUUGAUAUUAUGUUUUGAUAGGCUAGGUAGAGGGGCAAUUUGUAGAUGAAUAGGAUUAUCAGGCAUCAGUUGGAUGUGUGGUCAUAUGUUGGAUGUGUGCAGCAUAUGUUGAACAUGAGAAUCACCUGUUGCAUUGAUCAUCUGAAGGAUACGUGAAUAACGUGUUGGCUGUGUGGAUCAUAUGGUAAAUCAUGUGUAGCUUGCCAUAUGGAUCACAUGAUGGAUGUGAUGGAUUCUCUGUCAUAGCGGAUAUGUCAUAUGAAGGAUUUAUGGAUCAUGUUUAUGUUGGAUAGGUAGAUCGUAUGUUGAUGUGGAUCAUAAUAUCUGUGGUGUUUGUGACUUGGAUGUUUACGAGGUGCCUUGUUAAAACUGUUGAAUGUCUGAGUGAGGUGUAUGUCAAUAACUCACUCACUCACUCACUCUCACACACACUUACUCUCACACUCACUAACUCACUCACACUCACUCUCACACACACUUACUCUCACACACUCACUC